ACCUUGCCGCACUCGUCGGCAGCCGCGUCCACACCUCGGCUGCUCCUUCCCAGUUCCCCCACUCCACUGCCACCACCCCCUCUGCUUCAUCGGGGAAUGCGACCGCGCGCUCGAGCAUGCGACGCCUCGAGCCCGGGCUAGGGUUCCCCGACUCCGCCUCCGCCGCCGCCGCGGCCGACCGACGCCACCAUCCCGCACGACGGAAGAAGCCGCCGCCGCAGCGGCGAAGGCGACCGGCGGCGGCCGCAGCACCGGCGGUGGGGCCUCGCGGCGCGACCGAUCCAGAUCCAGCGCCCUCGCCGCUGCGCGUGCACGGCAUCGGCAUCGGCAGCCACGCCUCGCGUGGCACGGCACCGCGAGGUUGGUGGGCGGGCGAUCGGCUUGGUGAGGAGGAAGAGGAGGAGGAGGAGUGGAGAGGCGACGGCGACGCGGGCUCGGAGGAGGAGGAGGGGGAAGCGGUCAGUGACUCCUUCUCCCACUCGCUGAGAGAGUGCCAGAAGCAGCGGAAGCUCAGAGCGGAGGGGGCUGCGUUGCUGCUUUCACCGGCCAAGCAUGAGCUCACCGGCGGAGGUGGUGGGAGCAUAGAACUGCUGGUGCUCUCGCCGAGGUGCUUGGUUGGGGGUAAUGUUGGAGGAAUGAGCAAGAGCUCCACAGCGUCAUCACGGAGCAGAUCAGGCACAUUCCCGAGCCCCGGUACCCCAAACUACCACCGGCAUUGCGCUAGCACCAUGCAGUACCCUAAGGGAUGGAGCUCAGAGCGGGUGCCACUUGGAGGUGGUACCAAUAGGAGGUAUGGGGGCAGUGGGGUUGUUCUUCCUUUCAACAAUGGGAGGAAGCUGCCAUCAAAAUGGGAGGAUGCAGAGAAGUGGAUCCUAAGUCCAGUUUCCUGUGAUGGGAUUGGAAGGAUGUCAGCCCCGGCGCCUCACCAUAGACGGCCCAAGUCAAAGAGUGGCCCACUUGGCCACCCAGGCGGAAUACCGGGUGCUUAUGCGGCUGCUUCGCCGUUUGUGCCCUGCUUUGAUGGUGUUCUGGCAGCGGCUAAUUUUGCAGCACAUUCUCCUUUUUCUGCUGGGGUUCUCAUGCCAGAGCACGUGCGCAAUGGUGACUUCAGCAGUGGAAGAGGUAGAAGUGGGGAUGAUGGCAGUAGCCGAUCUUACUCUGCAGAGAAGGACCCAUAUAUCUUGAGAUCAGCAAGUAUACAUGCGUGGACAGAGACACUUAUGGAAGCAUCCGCCUUUGCUAAUAUCUCAGAAGAAACUGCACAAGAUGAUAAAUUGCAAGGCCUGCGAGGAGAAACUCCUGCCAUUUCCAGUCCAAUAAUAAAGAAAGAUGUUGCCACACAAAUGAGUCCUGAUGACAGUAUAUCGUCUUCUCCAAAAGCAAGACAUUCAUGUUCCAGUUUACCAUCAGGACAUCCUAUUAAAGAACCAAAUAGUAAUGCACUUAAACCUGAAGUCCGAGAUGUCCAGGUAGAUGAUCAAGUAACUGUGACCCGGUGGUCCAAGCGACAUGUAACACGAGGGUCUGAUAGGCGGUCAACAAAUAUUGUCGAGUGGAGGAAGAAAACAAUUGAGACUCGAGCUCCAUCUUUUGAUGAAAAAGAAAGAGAAAGCUGCGUAUCAAAGUGCAAGAGGGAGGAAGCGAAGAUCACUGCUUGGGAAAAUCUGCAGAAAGCAAAAGCAGAGGCAGCAAUUCGAAAGUUAGAGAUGAAGCUUGAAAAGAAGAGGUCAUCAUCGAUGGAUAGAAUCUUGGGCAAACUACGCACUGCUCAAAAGAAAGCGCAAGACAUGCGUAGUGCAGUUUCUGUGAGUGAAGAUCAAUGUGGAGUGAGAGCAACCAAGAAAGCAUCAUACUUGAGGAGAACGGGCAAAUCAUUCAGUUGCUGUUUCACCUAUCGUGCUUGCUAGUUGUGACAUAGUUGGUACCGUGGGCGUAGCAAUGGAUGUACCUUUGUAGAAACUUUUUGGACGUUGCAGCUCAUGUCAGCCAACAAAUCAGAAUUAAUCAGGAAGUCAGAUUUUUCCUUGCUGUGGCAGCUGGAGGUGACGGGGUUAUUUAAAGAGAAUUUGCAUGGUCUGAUCGAUGAAAUACCUGUAGUGCCAGUGGAGUGGUAUAAAUCAGUCAUCGAGCAAAAUCUAUAUUGUAGUUAAUUUCGUGGAUUAUUGCUCCCGUUAUUCUGUGCCUACAAUCAAUCUCUGUACACCCAAUAGAAGCUCCUUCGAGUUCGAGAGCUUUAUGCUAGUCACCACCAGAUUGGCCAGGUUCAGUGGUUCUCAUUCUGAUUGAUAUGUAUCUUUCCAUGGGAUUCUGUAAGCAAAGCAAGCCUUGGGGCUUGUACUGAUAUAUUGUAUUGAAAGAGGUUAUGAGAGCUGCAAGCUACGACUGCAGCUUGCUCUCUUGUCCAGUUUUGCUCUUUGAAGCCCGUGUGGUUCUGUUUA